AUGCAAGAAAUUCAACUAUAAAAUUAACAAACAUUUUAGCAGUUUCCCAUCAAUACUGCCUCUCCUAAUAAUGCUUAAUAUCUCAACAAGACCUAUAAUAAUGGCUUUUAGAACGGGACUAGCUAAGCAACAAGCCAAAAUUCUAUGCAGUUUAAUAAAUUGCCUUCUAUUGAGAACAAAGCUGAGAACGUAGGUAAUCAAGGACAGAUGUAUAAUGGCAAUAAUGGUUAGGGUAUUGUAUAUUCCUAAACUAUAUCCAUGAAUCAACCGCUUCAAAGAUUACACGAACAUCAUCCUAUCCUCUCUUCUAAUGGCUUACUCGCACUAUCAAGUAAACUAGAGACAAUGAAUUUAAACAACAAUAAAAGAGAGCAAGGAAAUCAUAGCACUAAUGAUAAAAAGAACAAUGCCCCGGGAUUAAUCACAACUUAUCAACUGAAGAUGAAUCUACAGCAAUAGCAGUAAUAGCAUAUGAUGAUGAUGGCAUAAUUCUAAUAAGAACUAUCUCAAGAUAAGACGAUAACACUAAAUCAAGAUAACCCAUAUUUCAGAGUACCAAAACUUGACGAGUCUGUUCUUAAAAAUAACCUUUUUCUAAACAAUAAUAUGAGAAAAGCUAGAGGCACAAAUGGCAGUAAAUUAAAGAAGUCAGACAUGACUGCCCAUCAUCAAAAUAUAGUCUUUAGCACAUAGCCAAAUCACAGACAGAAAUAAAAUGUAUUUAAGAAUUAGCUUCUACAAAUUGAAUCACCAGGCAAUCCUGGUAAAGGCAUCUAGCAUAAUAAAGGUGGGCACUUAUUCAGUUACAAUGAGAUUAGAGAUCAUAAGAUAACUCUUAAUAGCAUUAGAAGACAUAUACAGAAAGCUUAAGUGUAUGAGAAUCAAUUUUAGCCACUUCAUGAAUAACAGCAAGACAUAAUGUCUGGAUUAGUUAUUCAAAAUCUAAUAGCUGCUUCUCCAAGUGAGAAGAGAUUGAAGAAUGCCUAAAAAUAACAAGAAGUUGAAUAUAAAUAGAUUCAGUUGUAUUUGACUAAUUAAGAUUAUCAAAAUGCAGUUAUUAGAGGUCAUCAUCAUGCUUGGGUCAAGCAUGAUACAGCUGGUGGAGUUUUGCUUAAUGGUAUGAUCUCUAAUAUUUAGGCAUAGCAGAUCUAGCAGUAGAACAGUGAUGAGAAGAAAAAACCGAUAAGCAGAGGGGAUGCAGCACUUAAUUCCUUUGUAGGGACACAACACAGAGAAAAGAUAAAGAAACUCUAUGCCUAAACUGAUUAAAUUUUGCAGGAUACGCUUAAUUAAGGAUCCCUUUAUGUUCAUUCAUAUCCAGACGAGUAUUCAGAUGAAAAACUAAAGGUUGAAGAUUAGAGUUCUGGUUUUCACCGUACUUAAGAAGAAUAAAGGACUACUAAUGACAGCAUAUUUGAUCCUCUUAGAGACUAAUUAGAUUAGCCAUAUUCUUAGCAAGAUAUGAUAAAUUAGUAUAAAAUUUAGGAGCAAUAGCUACCCUAAAUAAAUCCACGUAAAUAGUAUUGCAAUACUUAAUCAUAACUUGAAAGAUCAUUUAAAAGAGGUGGCUCUAUUGAAUCUAAAUCAAAUAGAUCUAGAGUCAAAGGUGAUCAAUUAAAUCCAGGUAAUUCUGAAGAUAAGACAAGUACCGUUGUUUCAGGCCAAACUGUAAGUUGCAGUAUCAAUUCCCAAGCAAAUAAUGGAGGAAGUAUCAAAAUCUAAAAAGAUGGCUUCAAAAGAAUUCAAACUAUAAAAACCAAUAAUAUUAUACUUUCAAACUCUAAUGAUUCUAAACUAGGAGGAAAUAGUAAGCUUUAGAAGCAAAUGACUCAAAAAGCAAAAGAUAUUAAUUAGAACAAAGUUAACUUGAAAGGUGAACCUAACCAUACAAUUAAAGAAAGCUUUAGCGAGGAAAAUUUAGAAACUAAAGGCAUGACUGAAUCAAAAGAUAACCUUCCUCUUGUUUCACCAAUCUAAUAAUUACCUUAAAAUAAUCCAAAACCAGUGAGAAGAAUGCCAAACCCCUACGAAGAGUAUAUGAGAGAAUAAGAAAAGAUACUUUAACAAAGGAAAGAUGCUAAAGAGAAAUAUAGUAAAAUAUCAUCUAAUAUAUUGAUGAAAGGUUCCUAGCCAUUCAAAGACAAUACUAUUUGGGAAGAAACACCUUAAUACGAUAGUCUGUUUAACUUUAAAUGGCAGCCAAUAUCUUAUGGAAUCAAGUAUGACUAGUUAAGUAAAUAUGGCUAGAAAUAACUUGUUAAUCAUAUUGAGGGUCAUGAAAAUAUUACAACUAAAGAUUAGUUAUUCUUAAAUCUCAAAUAUUACUGUGAGAAAACGAAUCUCAAUGUUUUUGAUAGUGUUCCAUUGACUUUUAUCCUUGAUUUCAAAUCAGAAACUAUAUUUGACUAAAUUGAUACUUUGAGAAACGUUCAUAAAAUUAUAGAAUCAAAUUUGGCCAUAAGCACUAAUGAGCUAAAUAAGAAAUUAUCUCACUACUAAAAUGUAGUUGAGAGAAGAGGACAUUAAUCUAAAAACUCCUAUAAACUUAUGGAAUCAGCGAAUGGAGGUAUGAAUAUGUGGCUCUUAAAACCAACUGGACUUAACAGAGGAAGAGGCAUUCAUAUAUUUAGGUCGUUUGAUGAACUUAAAGAUAUUCUCUAUGAACAUUAUGAUAUAAAUUGGUUUAAUUAGACUUAUACCAAGCCCUAAUAAAUACAAUAACCAAAAACAUCAGUGCUAGAUGUAAAUAAUACCACAAAUCCGUUAUUCUUACAAAAAGAAGAAAGUUAAGAUUCAAAUGCAUAGCCAGUUAAUGGAGAAGAAAAAGUUUAAAAUGCAGCUGUCUAAUCCUAAUAGCAACAGUAGCAAUAGUAAUAAUAAUAGACUAAAUUCCGAAGCUUUGCCUUUGUAGUCUAAAAAUAUCUAGAAAAACCCCUACUUUUUAAAUAGAGAAAAUUCGAUUUGAGAGUUUGGAUGUUUAUCUCUUUUGACUUCAAAUGCUACUUAUUCAGAGAAUGCUAUGUUAGGACGAGUUGUGAAGAUUAUGACCUAGAAUAAGAAAACAUGGAUAAAAUAUACAUCCAUUUGACAAAUAAUGCUAUUUAAAAGAACUCAGAUAACUAUGGAAAAUUCGAGGAUGGAAAUCAAAUCUCCUUAGGGGAACUAUCAGACCAUUUAGCUGAAACCAACAGAAGUGAUGGAAUGUCAGGUGCUGAGUUGAAAUAAUAUUUGGAGUCUUAAUACAGAUAGCUGAUUCUUCAGAGUCUUAAAGCUGUAAAAGGAAAACUAAAAAUUAGAAAAUACACCUAUGAAUUAAUGGGGUAUGACUUUAUAAUAGAUGAAAAUCUCAAGACAUACUUGAUCGAAGUAAACACUAAUCCUUGCAUAGAAGAAUCAUCCUAGUUAUUAAAGAUGCUACUUCCUAGGAUGUUAGAUGAUCUCUUCAAACUUACACUAGAUGUGUUGUUCCUUCCAUAGACUCAAUAAAACAUUAACAAUACUUAGAGUGUUAUUCAGAAUUAGAGUAUAAUUUAAACUACCCAGUAGCAAAUAAUUCCACCUACGACAGCCUAGCAAUAAUCAUCAUAAUCUUAAAAUCUAAAUUAGCAGCCAUAGAAAUCUUAGUUUCCAGUUACUGGGUACGAUGAUAACAUUAAUAUGUGGGAGCAAAUAUAUACUCUCAAUUGA